UGCGCUCACUUUUCAUACCAGGCAGACUGGGUUACUGCAGAGGCACCUUGAGCUCCUCAGACUCCAGCAGGGCAGCAGAGAUUUUUAAACUCAGGGCCUCUUUCUGUCAGCCAGCUUCAGUCCCAGGACCACAACCAGGAGCAAGACCAGAACCAGAACCAUGGCGCAACCCGUUAAAACCGACCCCACUAAGAUGGGUGAGGGUCGGGCGAUUGCUGUGCUCACUUCUGGAGGCGAUGCUCAGGGAAUGAAUGCGGCUGUGAGAGCCACCGUUCGAGUGGGGCUGUACACUGGAGCCAAGGUGUACUUUGUCCAUGAGGGUUACCAGGGUCUGGUUGACGGUGGAGACAAUAUCCGCCCAGCUACUUGGGAAAGUGUGUCAAUGAUGCUGCAGCUGGGUGGGACUGUGAUCGGUAGCGCCCGCUGUCAGGACUUUCGCACCAAGGAGGGGCGCACCAAGGCGGCCUGUAACUUGGUCAAGCUGGGCAUCACCAACUUGUGCGUUAUUGGAGGUGACGGCAGUCUCACAGGUGCCAACCAGUUCAGAACGGAGUGGAAAGACCUGCUGGCCGACCUGGUUAAAGCAGGAAAAAUCACAGCAAAUGAGGCAAAGAACUCCUCCCACCUCAACAUCGUCGGCAUGGUGGGCUCCAUCGACAAUGACUUCUGUGGAACCGAUAUGACCAUUGGCACUGAUAGCGCCCUGCAUCGCAUUAUUGAAAUAGUGGAUGCCAUCACAACCACGGCACAGAGUCACCAGAGGACCUUCAUCCUGGAGGUAAUGGGUAGGCACUGUGGCUACCUUGCCUUGGUGACUGCUCUGGCCUGUGGUGCCGACUGGGUCUUCAUCCCAGAGGUGCCUCCAGAUGAAGGAUGGGAGGAACAUCUGUGUAGAAGACUUACAGAUCAAAGAGGCCGUGGUUCCCGUUUGAAUAUCAUCAUUGUUGCAGAGGGAGCAAUAGACCGCAAAGGAAAACCAAUCACCUGUGACCUAGUCAAACAGCUGGUGUCAAAGCAGCUGGGCUUCGACACCCGAACCACCAUCCUGGGCCAUGUGCAGAGAGGAGGAACCCCCUCUGCUUUUGACAGGAUCCUGUCUAGCAGGAUGGGUGUGGAGGCUGUCAUGGCUCUGCUGGAAGCCACACCAGAUACUCCUGCCUGUGUGGUCAGCCUGUCUGGAAACAUGGCCGUCAGGCUGCCUCUAAUGGAAUGUGUGCAAGUGACUAAAGAUGUCACCACAGCCAUGGCUGAAGGACGGUAUGACGAUGCAGUGAUGCUCAGGGGAAAGAGCUUUGAGAACAACUGGAACACGUAUAAAAUGCUCGCCCAUGUAAGCCCUCCAGAAACAAAGAGCAAUAUCAACAUUGCCAUACUGAACGUCGGCGCUCCAUGUGCAGGAAUGAAUGCUGCAGUACGUGCAGCUGUCAGGAUUGGGCUGCUUCAGGGCCACCAGAUGCUGGCGGUGCAUGAAGGCUUUGAUGGCUUGGCACAUGGGCUGAUUGAGCCAAUCGGUUGGUCUGGAGUGGCAGGAUGGACUGGAAAGGGUGGUUCCAUGCUUGGCACCAAGAGGACUCUGCCUAAGCAGGUUCUGGAGGAGAUCAGUCUGAACAUCACAAAGUUCAACAUCCACGGUAUUGUCAUUAUUGGAGGCUUUGAGGCAUUCCUGGGAGGUCUAGAGAUGGUAGAAGCUAGAGAGAAGUACGAGGAACUGUGUAUUCCCCUCGUCGUCGUUCCUGCUACCGUCUCCAAUAACGUCCCUGGAUCUGACUUCAGCAUAGGCGCAGACACAGCCCUCAACACCAUAACCAUGACAUGUGACCGGAUCAAGCAGUCUGCCGCCGGCACCAAGAGGAGAGUGUUCAUUGUUGAGACCAUGGGGGGAUACUGUGGCUACCUGGCAACCAUGGCUGGGUUGGCAUCUGGAGCAGAUGCGGCCUACAUUUAUGAGGAACCGUUCAACAUUCAUGACCUCGAGCUGAACGUUGAUCAUCUGGUGGAAAAGAUGAAGACAACUGUGAAGAGAGGGCUAAUUCUGAGAAAUGAGAAGUGCAACGCUAACUACACGACUGAUUUCAUCUUCAACCUGUAUUCAGAGGAGGGGAAGGGUGUGUUUGACUGCAGAAAAAAUGUUCUUGGUCAUAUGCAGCAGGGUGGAACACCCAGUCCUUUUGAUAGGAACUUUGGCACAAAGAUGGGAAUCAAGUCUGUUCUUUGGUUGACCGACAAGCUGAAGGAAUGCUACAGACAUGGUCGCAUCUUUGCCAACUCUAAGGACUCAGCCUGUGUGCUGGGAAUGAGGAAAAGAGCGUUGGUGUUCCAGCCUUUGGCAGACCUAAGAACUGAGACUGACAUUGAACACCGUAUCCCAAAGAUCCAGUGGUGGCUGAAGCUGAGGCCCAUCCUGAAGAUCCUGGCCAAGUACAAGAUCAACUUGGACACCUCAGAGAGGACUGCAAUGGAACAUGUCAUCAAGAAGAGAGGCUUAGUUCCUCAGUAGCUUCUCUAUGUCACUACCCAAGAGACAUCAAUUCAUUGUUUUCUUUUUAAAGCACUUUGUAAACUCUGACUUGAGGAUUGUGCAAUAAUAAAGACAUUAAUAUAAAAAUGUUGUUUAACAACUAGUACUUACAAAUCAUACUGUCAGUGUUUAGAUAAAUUGAGUGAAAUGCAUUUGCUAAAUUGUACAAACAGCAUAAUUUUAGGAAAUUUAAAUUCUGAUUGAUUUCUUGUUCCAUCCAACAUUGUGUGUAACUAUAUUAGAUAGUGCCACUAUCUAAUAUAGUUCUAUGUUGGUUAGUAAUUAUAAAUGCCUCAAUUACAGUGAAUCUCUAAAGACCAAAUGAAGUGUGUUCAAGAUUUUUGCAUAGCAUUUGAUGUUACAGCAUGAAUAAAUCAUGAGGGUUAAAGAAGAAAAUUAAUACAUCCAAUAUUUACUGUUUUUUGAACAUUUAAAUUAAAAGAAAAUAUAGUAUUUUUGGUCACUAGAUAUCCAUGCUUAAUUAAGUUUAUUUGAAGCAAAAUUAAACAUGAUACAUUGUAAAAAUGUUAUAUUUUCUCCUUAACAAAGGACGCCUCUUAAACCUGUCUCAGUUUACCAGUUUACCAAAUGUUUAAACCUGCAGCAUGCUAUAAAAACGUGAGGAAUAACUGUAAUGAAGACGUGCUAUCUAUUUAAAUAUCUUGAAAAAAAUAGCCGAAACAUACUGAAUAUAGUUAAAAUAUAGUUGAAAUAUACUGAAUACUCUUGUAGUAUAUUCUUAAACAGGCUUGUGCAUGUUUCUUUAAAAAUAAAACGCCCAUAAUUCCAA